CCAGCGGUGGGGGCGCGACAUCCGCUGUUGAAGAGGAAAGCGGCAGUUUUUGAACGAAAGAUGGCGGCUUCUAGUCGUAAGAGUGUCCUGCCUUCUAAAAGAUUGACAAAGCUGACUACUAGUAAACAAUUGAGAUCUGAGACCGAAUCAAAGACGUCUUCCAAUACAUCAGUGCAAUCCUCUCGACAAAGAUCAUUGCAGAUUGUAUCAGAGCAGUUGUUCGUCAAGCCUACUACACCAGGUCUUAAAAGGAGAGAUUCUUUUGGAUCACGUAAAUCUGCUGCCGAGGAUACCAAUGAAUCAGGCACAUUGCUUAGGAGUUCAAAAAGCGUGCCAAAUCUGAGCGAUUCACCAAAUUUGUUUACCACACCGAAGUCUCCCUUGCCUGCAACACCCAGUCAGAGACCAGCAGCAACACACACUCCGAGACAAAGAUUGAGCCACUGUGUCACAUUCCAACGUGGUACACCAAAACCACUUGCUGCUUCUCAAAACUCCUCUCUGAAGAAGUCGUACAAAGAAGAAAGCAAAGGAUCAGACAUGGGUUCCUCAAUGGAGGAAUGUAUUGGGAGGACUAAAGGGGCUCGGGUAGUACCGUCUCGAUUUCGAGAAGCUGCCGCCUUGAAAAAGAAAGUCGUCAACAAGGGUCCUGAGAAAAGUUCAGAGCUUGUCUUAAAACGUAAGUACUGUAAUUUCUUACCCAAGAGGGAAAAUAAUUUGGCAAAAUACCAAGAAAGGGCAGAAGAGUGCUUACUUCUGAUUGAAGAAGAAAACCAGCAUUUACGGAAAGAAAUAUUUCAACAGAAACAGGAUCUCCUUUUGCUGGAGAAAAACAAGCAACUGGAUGGGAUGAUAGAGCAGCAGGUGGAGCAUUUAAGACCUGUGGUGGCAUCUAUUCAACUGUUCAAAACACAGUACAAAUCUUUUGGUCAGGCUCUUGAUACAACAAGGCAUAGCCUUCAAAUGAAGAACAUUUAUAUGUCAGAAGACCUGAGGAUGUUUUUGGAGGAAUUGAAAAUUCAUCUAAGAACAACAUGUCAGAUUUUAGGUGAAUGUGGACUUGGACUAGACAGAAAGAAUUCAAAAGCUGGAAUUGAACUUGGAAAGGCAGCUGCAAAUACAGAUACAGAGAUGAAGAGUUUCUUUGCAAAGAUUGAGGAACUGGCCUCUUGCAUCAGCAGAGAGACUACACUUCUACAUCAAGAGUUGGAUGAAGAAGCCUUGGGAAUGAAAGUAUCAGCAAAAGGAAUUUUCAUUUAGCCCUCUUCCUCUUUAUUAUAAAUAACAUUUCAUUUAUAUAUAUAAUAAAAUUUCUCAUCUUGUAUUUUAUGCAGUCAGUCAACAAAUUUUCUUUUUUGGAUAUGAUCCUGUGGAUGCAUGUGUAGUGCUUGUUAUAAUAAAACAAAGAACUGCAGAUGCUGUAGAUCUGAAACAAAAGCAGAAAUUGCUGGUGAAACUCGGCCGGUCUGGCAGCAUGUGUGAGAA